AUGGCGCUCUCUGUUUAUAUUCGAAUUAUCCUUGCCGUCUCAUCCCUCAUCUACGGUAUCAACGCUCAAGGCUGCCCAGAAUGGAUAACGUCCAUGCUGGAGGUGACAUUGGCCAAUUACACUACAUGGCCAGGCAUCCAAUUGACCGUGGCAUCGCCUCAAUGUGGUAUUGGCUGCACGACAAGUGUUCAAACGAAGAUAAAAGCAAGUGGAUCGCCCGACAGCCCAGCUGUUAUUGAAAAUCCAACCUGGCCAGGGAUGCAAAUGACACUAUCGUCGCCGGAUUGGAAUUAUGAUCUUGAUUGCACGGCCAGCGAGAAGUCGAUAGUCACCGAUUUUGCGGGUGAGCCUGCACUCCUCAACAAUACCCCAUGGCGGCUUGCGAGUAUCACCAAGACCUUUACAGCGGUGGCGAUCUUGAAACUGGCGGAGCGAGCACAAAUCGAUCUAGACGCCCCCGCUGUGAGAUAUCUACCCGGUUGGGCUAUCGACCUCGUUCAACAAUCUCAAGGGGCUGUAAAUGCUUCGCAGAUCACAACUUCACACCUUCUGCAUCACACAAGUGGAUUAGGCGAUUUUGCCACUGAUCAACGUUGGUUAGAAGAAGUCUUGACUAACCCACAUCACCUAUGGACUCAAAGAUCUGUCAUCGAAUGGUCCACAUUCAACUCGAGCCCCGUGGGAUCUCCCGGACAACUCUUCCAUUACACUGACACGGGCUACACCCUGCUUGGCUUGAUUGUGGAGAAUAUAACAAGGACUGAUCUCGCACCAGCCAUCCGUGAGUUGACUAGCCUUGACAAACUGGACAUGCCAUCUACAUGGUGGGAACUCUUGGAGCCAGAGCCUGAAGGUUCGUUGAAACGAGCAGGACAGUAUCAUGGAGACAUCGAUAUCACACAUUUCAACCCGAGUUUCGACUUAUAUGGUGCAGGUGGUUUAGUGAGCAAUUCGAAAGAUCUGAAUAAUUUUGGUCGAGCGCUCUACGAAGGUCGGAUAUUGAAUAAAACGACCACUGAGUUGUUGUAUGUCUUGGAACCAUCGGGGGUUUAUGGAAAUGGGGUGGUAAAAUACGACUUUGGCGGCCAACAAGGCUGGGGCCACACAGGAUACUGGCACACUUGGUUAUAUUGGGUUCCGUCUCUCGAUUUGGUGAUUACUGGCGCAAGCAAUCAAGCCGUUGGCGACCAGUUCGAUGCGGAUAAAUUGGUUCGAGAUAUUAUUGGCCAUGGUUGUGCUCCAAAGUAG